UCCGGAGCUCGGAGGGCUGUGUUCCUCUUGGAACGCGCCGCAGAACCGGGUGCUGGUGACGACCGCGGUGUUCGCUCUCCCAGUCCGCUCACCAGCCCGCCGCCCUCCGCUCUCCGCCGCGGCACCCCGCACACCCACCGCCCUCUGGUGCCAGGCAAGGUGACCCCAUGGCAAGCCGCAAGCCAGACAGGUCCAGCUUCACGAUAACCUGCUUGUCCAUGGCUAUGGCCUUUUCCUAUCCCCCAGUUGCCAGUGGGCAACUCCACCCUGAGCUGGGCAACACCCAGCAACAAACAGAGUUAGGAAAGGAACCCACUACCACCAGCACCAUGCCCUACCCAUAUCCAGCGCUGACCCCGGAGCAGAAGAAGGAGCUGUCUGACAUUGCUCACCGCAUCGUGGCUCCGGGCAAGGGCAUCCUGGCUGCAGAUGAGUCUACUGGGAGUAUCGCCAAAAGGCUGCAGUCCAUUGGCACUGAGAACACAGAGGAGAAUCGGCGCUUCUACCGCCAGCUGCUCCUGACUGCCGAUGACCGUGUGAAUCCCUGCAUCGGGGGUGUCAUCCUCUUCCAUGAGACACUCUACCAGAAGGCGGAUGAUGGGCGUCCCUUCCCUCAAGUUAUCAAAUCCAAGGGUGGGGUUGUGGGCAUCAAGGUAGACAAGGGUGUGGUACCCCUGGCAGGAACAAAUGGCGAGACUACUACCCAAGGGCUGGAUGGGCUGUCUGAGCGCUGUGCCCAAUAUAAGAAGGAUGGAGCUGACUUUGCCAAGUGGCGUUGUGUACUAAAGAUUGGGGAACACACCCCCUCAGCCCUUGCCAUCAUGGAAAAUGCCAAUGUUCUGGCCCGUUAUGCCAGCAUCUGCCAGCAGAAUGGCAUUGUGCCCAUCGUGGAGCCUGAGAUCCUCCCUGAUGGAGACCAUGACUUGAAGCGUUGUCAGUAUGUAACUGAGAAGGUGCUGGCUGCUGUCUACAAGGCUCUGAGUGACCACCACAUCUACCUGGAAGGCACCUUGCUGAAGCCCAACAUGGUAACCCCAGGCCAUGCCUGUACCCAGAAGUAUUCUCACGAGGAGAUUGCCAUGGCAACUGUCACAGCACUGCGCCGCACAGUGCCCCCUGCUGUCCCUGGGGUCACUUUCCUGUCUGGAGGCCAGAGUGAGGAGGAGGCAUCCAUCAAUCUCAAUGCCAUCAACAAGUGCCCCCUGCUGAAGCCAUGGGCCCUGACCUUCUCCUAUGGUCGUGCCCUCCAGGCCUCUGCCCUGAAGGCCUGGGGCGGGAAGAAGGAGAAUCUGAAAGCUGCUCAGGAAGAAUAUGUGAAGCGAGCCCUGGCUAACAGCCUCGCCUGUCAAGGAAAGUACACACCAAGUGGUCAGGCUGGGGCCGCAGCCAGCGAGUCUCUCUUCGUCUCUAACCAUGCCUACUAAGCAGAGGUGUUCUAAAGCUCCCCCCUCAACACUCCAGGCUCUUAGCCCUCCCACACUUGAAGAGGGGGCUUAUCCAGGGCCCCAGGCAGUCUUGCCCAUUGCUGUUGCCUCCCACGUGACACUGGUGUGUGGUGUUGUCUGUGUAUGCUAAUACCAUCACUUUAUCCAGCCCACUGCCAAUAAACAACUAUUUAAGGGGGA